AUGCUCGCCCUCAACCCCCGAUAUGGCCCUUCAGCGACAAGGGCCCCCGAAUUCCUGAUCGUACAGGAGGUUCUUGUCUAUGACGGGCCCGCCGCCGCAGGCCUCUUCAAUCGGAGUGACAUGGUGGCUCAGAACAUUGUCGAGACCUAUCCUCGCAUCGACGAGGCCGUCGGCUGCCUGUCGACGGCCCCUCCCCCGACAUCUGCGAUUACGUCCAACGAACGCCAACGAAGACCAACAGUAUGGUCAUCGACGUCUUGCCUCAAGGAUACUCCGAAGUCCGCGGAUCCCAUACCCAUUCUCACUCUUUUACAGAUCCCGCAAGUAUACCUAGUGGGACAUGAUGACUUUGCACGGAGAGGCCAGAAAAUUCCAAAGUUACAAGUCGAGCCAGCCUGGGUGUAAAAAGACUAGAUGACUAGUACUACAAGCCGUCGCUCUUGCAACGGAAAUUCUUUGGUACAUACAGCUCAAGGUUUUCUCUUAUGAAAGAAAGAUGCCGCAGCUAAAGGGACGGCUGACGUCCAUAGGAAAUAUGUGCUUUGAACCCAGUGUCAUGGAGUAAAAGCAGGAAUUGUUGAUCUUUCGGGACGAGGCGCCAGAAUGGCGAUGUCAUGAAGGACCUCUGCGUCUGCCGAGCACGCCAAGCAGAAACCAAUGGCUCAUGCUUCCGAAGGCGCCUCAAUGCCAUCAACCAGAGCUACCGCGACUAAAGCCUGCGACUCCCUACCUGCUGGAACUGGAGAUGCCGGGGCAUGCUUCUCUGGACACCCACGGAGAUGGUAUUCUCUAGGGCGAAUUACACACAGUCCAGGGGACCUUGAGAAUUUGGACUCACGAGAUCACGCCCCUGGCCGACCGGCUCCGUGCGU